AUGCUGCCUGUCUCCCGCACGCUGUUGUUCGGCUUCGUAACGCUGCUGGUUGUGGUUUUGAUCAUUGAUGAUAUUGCAGAAGUGGAAGAAGAAACUGCAAACACUGGACAUUCAAAGAAGAUGAACGCGCACCAGCUCAUCCCAAAACCACGCAGAGAGCCUGCAGCACACAUGGAUCCGACUGCUUCGACAAGAUCGGCUAAAAAUGUAAUUAAUCAUCAUGAUCUGAGCUACAAUAACACUGCCAAGCUCACAUCAAACAGUUGGACUUUCAACAAGACCCUCUCCAACCUCAUCAGGAAGAAUAUUCUGAGAUUCCUUGAUCCAGAGAGAGAUAUCUCUAUUCUGAAGGGCACGCUGAAACCAGGGGAUAUCAUCCACUAUGUUUUCGACCGCCACAGCACCACAAACAUCUCCGAAAAUCUCUAUCGUCUUUUGCCAUCUGUAUCCCCCAUGAAGAAUCAGCAUCACAGGCGCUGUGCCAUUGUGGGAAACUCGGGGAUCCUGUUGAACAGCAGCUGUGGACCCGAAAUUGACUCACAUGACUUCGUUAUCAGGUGUAACCUGGCACCAGUGGAGGAAUACUCUCGGGACGUGGGGUGGCGGACCAACUUGGUGACCAUGAACCCUUCAGUGGUGCAGCGGGCCUUCCAGGACCUCGUCAGCGAGGAGUGGAAGGAGCGUUUUUUGCAGCGGCUUCAGAGCCUCAGCGGUAGCGUGCUUUGGAUCCCGGCCUUUAUGGCAAAGGGAGGAGAGGAGCGUGUGGAGUGGGCCCUUCGUCUCAUCCUGCUACACACUGUGGACGUACACACCGCCUUCCCCUCGCUGCGCCUGCUCCACGCUGUCAGAGGGUAUUGGCUGACCAACAAUGUCCACAUCAAGCGUCCGACCACCGGGCUCCUCAUGUACACCAUGGCUACUCGCUUCUGUGAAGAGAUCCAUCUGUACGGCUUCUGGCCAUUUCCACACGGCCCACAGGGAAAACCAGUCAAAUACCACUACUACGAUGCUCUAAAAUAUGAGUACACCUCCAGCUCCAGUCCUCACACCAUGCCUUUGGAGUUCAGGACCCUGAGCACAUUACACAGACAGGGGGCGCUCCGGCUCCACACUGGGACCUGUGAUGUAGAGAGGAGACCAUAG